AUGACAACUGCGAAAGAUAUUCGUCCUCGCACGGACGACCUGGCUGCGCAGGCCCAGUACCUCUCGACCUCGCCCUCCGCCUCCUUCCACUCCCCCUCCAGCCACGGCUCCGCGCUGACGCGGACGAUUCCUCUGAUCAAUGCGAAGCAUCUGAAGCCUUUCGCCACCGAGGAUAUCAAGGUUCUGCUGCUGGAGAAUGUGAACCAAGCAGGCCGUGACAUUCUGACGCGGCAGGGCUACCAAGUGGAAUUCCUCAAGUCGUCCCUCCCGGAAGAUCAGCUGAUUGAGAAGAUUCGCGAUGUCCAUGUCAUUGGUAUCCGCUCCAAGACCAAGCUUUCCGCGCGGGUUCUCAAGGAGGCCAAGAAUCUGAUCGUGAUCGGAUGCUUCUGCAUUGGAACCAACCAGGUGGACCUUCAAUAUGCGGCCGAUCACGGUAUCGCUGUCUUCAACUCACCGUUCAGCAAUUCCCGCAGUGUCGCCGAGCUCGUCAUUGGCGAGAUCAUUUGCCUCGCUCGCCAGCUGGGCGACCGCUCCAACGAAAUGCACAAUGGUACCUGGAACAAGGUGAGCAACAAGUGCUGGGAGAUUCGUGGAAAGACAUUGGGUAUUAUUGGAUAUGGUCAUAUUGGCGCGCAGCUAUCGGUAUUGGCAGAGUCCAUGGGCAUGUCCGUCAUUUUCUAUGACGUUCUCAAUCUGAUGGCUCUGGGUACCGCCCGCCAGGUCAACACUUUGGACGACCUCCUGGCGGAGGCUGAUUUCAUCACCUGCCAUGUGCCCGAGCUUGCCGAGACCAAGGGCAUGAUUGGCCAGAAGCAGUUCGAGCAGAUGAAGACCGGCAGCUACUUGAUCAAUGCCAGCCGUGGUACCGUAGUGGAUAUUCCGGCGCUCAUCUUGGCUAUGCGCAGCGGCAAAGUUGCCGGUGCCGCUCUCGAUGUGUACCCCAAUGAACCUGCCGGGAACGGCGACUACUUCAACAAUGAUCUGAACACCUGGGGUGCUGAUCUGCGUGCGCUCAAGAACCUGAUCCUGACUCCUCACAUCGGAGGAAGCACCGAGGAGGCCCAGAGUGCCAUUGGUGUUGAGGUUGCGACGGCUCUGACCCGAUAUGUCAACGAGGGUACCACACUGGGUGCCGUCAACCUGCCCGAAGUAGCCCUCCGUUCCUUGACCAUGGAUGAACCGAACCACGCCCGGGUGGUGUAUAUUCACCAGAACAUUCCCGGUGUGCUGCGCAAGGUUAACGAAAUCAUUGGUGACCACAACGUGGACAAGCAGAUGACCGAUAGCAGAGGCGACGUUGCCUAUCUGAUGGCCGAUAUCAGUGAUGUCAACUCUACGCAAAUCAAAGAUCUGUAUGAGAGAUUCGAGAGCCUUUCUUCCCGAAUCAUGACUCGUAUUCUGUACUAG